AGAGAUUUUCACCUUCACACACUCUCACUGUCACACACACACACACACACACACGCACACACACAGUGUGCUCUGUGACAGAAACGGGACACAUCGAAACGCAACAGGACUAUGGACCUGAGCCUGCGAGAUGCUCUGGGUGGAGGUGGGGUCCCGGGCGGGGCCCCUGCCGAGGCCCUGCUGAAGAGAGACUUUGUGGCCUCUCUGGAGAAAGAGAGCUACGAUGACAAGGUGGGAGAGAGCGUCUCCAAGAGCGACUACCGACCCUUACUGGACGGAAAGGACACCAAGAGCGGUCCAGGGAUGAUGUCAUCAAUGAUGUCAUCAGGGGGGCGCCAAGACCCGCCAGGACAGCCGGCCUUCAGCUCUGACUACCUGUCUGGUCCGAUGAUGGGUGGGAGGACAGAUCAAUGGAACCAGAACAAGACAAAGGACAACAGCAUGCCUGACUCAUUUCUAGGCUUUUCCCAGUCUGGGAUCGGAGGGACCAUGGGGUCCAGCCUGCCUCCAUUCCAGACCAGUAUGGGCUCCUCUCUCGGCCAGUCUGGGAUGGGUUCAGCUCUGGACGCCCAGAAGAGCUCGGGCCUGUUCGGUAUGGAAAACAAAACGGCCAGUAACACCAGUGGAAGCAGUCCAUUUAAAACGGGGGACCAGUUUUCUUCUGGGGGCCUGGGACUCCACUCCAUGGACCAGUCUGCAGUGAAAUCUGACAACAAGGACAAGCAGGAGAAGACGGACAUCAUGUCCACCAAGACGGACAAGAUGGACGCCUUCGACAAGAAAGAGGAGCAGCAGAAGAAGGACGGCGGCGGGCCGGACAAGAACCAGAAGUCUGAGAAGAUCCUGAAGGAAGAGGAGAAGAUGGAGAAGAACAACAAGGCCAACGAGAAGGCGGAGAAGGUGGACAAACCGGAGAAAACCAACAAGGACGAGAAGAAAGAAGACGAGAAGAAACCCGGAGACAAGAAGGACGAGAAGGGAGGGAAAGGGACGGCCAAGUCCCCGACAGGCAGCAAGACCCUGCAGAGCCCUGACGGCAAGAGCAAGACUCCAGAAAAUGAGAAACGCCCACCUAUGCCAAAGGCCACGCCCACACCGCGUGCGACCGCCAGUAAGAACGGCUCCCCUGCGACUGCUGCAAGUAAAACUGCCGCAAACAAGAAUGACAAGACUGAGAACAAGACAGGAGAGGCCAAGAAACCCAAGACUACAGCCCGUCCUCGCCCGGCCUCCAACACGACCCCCGCCGCCUCCACCAACGGGGAGAACGCCCACCGCCGCCGUGUCAUCACCAAGCCCCCGGUGCCCAAGCAGACCCCCAUGGAGAAGAAGCCCCCGGUGCCCCGGGCCCCCCGCACCCCGAGGCCCCUCAACGCCCCCACCCCCGACCUGAAGAACGUCCGCUCCAAGAUCGGAUCCAUCGACAACAUCAAGUACCAGCCUGGAGGAGGGAAGGUCUCCUCCACCCCCAACAACAAGACUUCAGACUCCUCCACCCCCAAGACCAGAGUUCAGAUAGUGCACAAAAAGCUGGACUUCAGCCAUGUCACGUCUCGCUGUGGCUCCAAGGACAAUAUCAAACAUGUCCCUGGAGGUGGCAAUGUGCAGAUCCUGAAUAAGAAGGUCGAUGUGAGCAAGGUGACGUCCAAAUGUGGCUCAAAGGACAACAUCAAACACAAGCCAGGUGGAGGAGAUGUGAAGAUCGAGGCCAAUAAGCAAAAUGCUAAAUCUAAGUCUAAGACUGGAUCGAUGGACAACGUGGGGCCGGGCAGCGAACACACCAACGGACCCAAGGAGGAGAAAACAGAGGCAAAGACAUCUUCACCCCCCAGUGGUGCUCCGACAACAGGACCAGCAGGUGUUGCUAAGGCAACAGCACCAGGAGGUGUUGCUAAGGAGAAUGGGGUGAAGGAGCCCACACCGACUCCUUUUGGGGGAGACGGACUGAGGGAGCAUAGCAUAGACAAACGCAUCACUGAGACAAAUUGAGUCCCAGUGACCUGUAGUUUUGGCGGGGCACGCAUGGCGCUCGCCAACCUGCCAACCGACCGACCAACCAACCGACCACGGCGCAGUCACCUCCCUUUGGCCCCGCCCUCCAUCUCGCCCACCGCAGCCAGCACCGAACUGACCGAUCGCCUCUCAGUGUUUCUCUGGGCUCCGCCUGCCAGCUUUCUGCUACCAACCCUGACCUUUGACCUCUGAACGGUUGCCCUUUUGCCCCUGCCUACCACAGAGAAGAGCACUUGCUGUUUGUCUGUGUUUGUGUGUGUGGGGUUCCACCAGCUUCUUCUUCUACUGAUAACUUUCUCCUGUAAGCACUGAUUUAGUGGGCUUCAACCUUAAAACCCUAAAUUUAAACAAACACCAAUGCAAUAAACCUAUUGUAGUCAGUGCUGUAUGGAAGUAUACUGAGCAUAGCCACUUUUAGAAUAUUUGCACCUAAUAAUACUUUUUAACACAUGUCGUUAUAGUAAACACCCUGCAUCAGUACUUUAGUCUCACCUCUGGUCCCUUCUACAGGCCUCCAUCAUUAAAACCACCAUCAUCAGACCUCGUUAGCAGACUAAUUCUACUAUCUACAGGGUUCGUACGGCUGCUUGAAAUCCUUGAAAAUGCUUGAAUUUAGAUGUUGUAUUUUCAAGGUUUAAAAAGUGCUUGGAUUUUGGAUAAAGUGCUUGAAAAUGCUUGAAAUUAUUACUGUAUUUCUCUUGCAAUCGGACUAUAUCCAUCUGUAGACUGUAAUAAUCACAUGUUCAAUGUAAAAAUAAUGAGUAGCCUAUCUGAAAUGAAGAGUGUUCCUCCUAAAAGUGUAAUACCAUUGCUGUUGGUAUGGUUCAGUGAAAUCUCCCCCUUUUAGUAUGUAAGUACUCAUCUAAAACAUGGAAUUUACAACAGGUGUAAGAUACUGGAAAAGCUUGAAAAUGCAUCUUGAAAGUCCUUGAAAAAUGCUUGAAUUUGACCACUGCUAAAGUGUACGAACCCUGUAUUUAGCUCCAGUUCAUGUCCACCUGACCCCAGACCAGUGACCAGCCGAUGUCCGGCUGUCAGUCAGCAGCAGGGCAAACACUGGCAAGUCUACUUUAAACCAACACAUUCCAGCCUGCAAGCAAUAAUCUCCAAAUCUACAAUAUCCAGAUUGACAUUAUAGGUCGUCUACAGCUCCCUCACCAAACAUUAUCUCCCAGUACAUCUCUUAUGGUAUCAUAGCACCAGUUUGUCUCACCCAAACUCAUUAAAAUAAUACUUCUUUAUCUCUGGACUAUUAAUAUCACGAUGCUCAGCGUUAGCAGCGAUUGGUGCAGAGGACGAGACUUAUGACGAGUAGAGAUGAGACAUUUGGAGAUGUUUGGAAAUAGAUCUAAAGAAUGGAAAUAGAUCUGAAGAAUAUCAGUGCAGAAAGUCAGUGCAGAAGCAUUUAGGACGUCAGAUGUGGGGUUUUUUAAGAAAGGAUCCAUUACACAAAUUUUGAGGAUAUGGCAAACAACUUUUCUUACACCUAUAAACCUAAUUUAAUGAUGUUUAAUGAUUAGUGCAUGAUAAUCAUAAUAAGAAAGGUAGGCAUGAAAUGAUGGGGGAGUUCUUUGGCUCAAACAGCAUCUGGCACUGAACACUAAUGUUUGAUCUGGAAGCCAAAUAGGUUCAGAUCAGGACAGGAUUUAACCUUGAAGGAGCUUUUAAUCCUGUAUGAUAAACUUUGGAGCUCCACUGCACCUUUUAGUCAAGCAACAUGAACGUGUUAAUGCACAGAAUAGUGAAAGUUUAAUUCUUCUUAUUGCAGACAGACAGAGUCGACCAGCACGUCACAGGCUGCUGGGCAAAGAACUGGAGAACUGGAAAUGGCAAUAUUAAAUGUCACAAUCAGUUGUAUUACAAUGGAACUGGCAUGAAGUUCAGGUUAGUGAACUUAUAGUUGCUAACCCUGUGAUUCCCAACAUCACUAAGCUGCUAGAACCAUAUAAAUAUCGGUGAAGAUGUGAGGAUGAAUUCACUAAAACACAGCUCUCUAAAUGAUCUCUUAGUGUGAUAGCACGAGUUAAUUAUCCUGAACUGUUCACAUCCUGCUCACCAAGUCCACAAAACACUGUGGAUGUUUCAAUACUGCAGCCUUGUUUUGUUCCGUUUGAUGAAAAAUAUUCUUAAAAAGGACAAAAAACAAAAAAAUCACCUUCAGCAACAUACCAUUUCAGUGCACAAACCAGUGGCGGUUCUAGACCAGUUUUACUGUGGGGGCCAAGCAGGGGCCAGUGUUUAAUCAGAGGGGCCCAUUAAAAAACGGCAAAGAUUAUAUUUAAGCAUUCAAAACCUUUAUUUUAGCUCAUUUAAAAAUCUACUUGAAGUAUACUUGGAAGAUACAAAUACACUGAUUCAAACAAUGAGACUUUAACAAUAAUUAUUUUUGCACGACAAUGACAUUUCUCAUUUUUGUGCACAAUUACUUUUUAUUUUAUUUUGAAAGUGCAGUACAGUGAGAAUGUUCUUUUUUUAAAUAUAUACACAAGCUUUUAUUGCACAAUUAAAUAUUAUCAUUAUUAUACAAUAGACACAUUCUGGGUUCCUUUUGUGCACAAUGAGAUAUUGUUUGAACAAAAAAUAGGUAAGAAUUGUUCCGUCGUUCAUCGUUAUAAAUUGAUCAUUGAAAUAUUAAUUUGACACAGGGGCCACAGCAGGGGCCAAUGACUUCUUCACAGGGGCAGUGGCCCCUGUAGGCCCCUGUGUAGAAGCCCUUGGCCCCUGUAGGCCCCAGUGUAGAACCGCCACUGGCACAAACCUCUAACAUUCAUCUCUAAAUAAGCCCAAGUGUCCGGCUCUCAGCACGGGUGGACGCUAGUCUUUAUUUCUCAAUAAGACUAUUUCUGUCGCAGAACAUGCAGCCCUGCUCUCCUGCACUAUGACCCAUGACCCCUCUGUCCCCCUCCUAUAGACCUCCUGUAGACCUCCUGCAGACCUCCUGUAGACCCCCUGUAGACCCCAGCAGUCACCCUGAGCUGUGUCUAGCACUCACAGUUCACAUGUGGCUGUUAGAGACAGACAGACAGACAGUAAGCGCCUUUUUUCUCUGCGCAUGUGGUACUCCUGGUCAUGUGGUUCACCCCCGAUGGAGAGGGGGCGGGGCUACAGAGCCACGCCCUCUUUUAAGUCCUCCUCACUAGCCGGUGCGUCUUAGAAAAUCCUCUCUGUGAGACCUGCUAACUCUCUUCACACACAAACACACUUACACAUAAGCACAGACGAAUGCACACACAUGCUGGUCGGUGUGCAUGCACACACACACAUAAACACACAUACACACAAACAAACAAACAGAAAUCAGCACAUACAGUAUAAUACACACAACUACAAAUAGGCACCCUAAAAUAAAAAUGGUAUGCUGUUCAUAGAAGCAUCUCUAUGUUAAUGAAACCAAGUCUUUAUUGUGUUUUUGGUGGUCUAUGCUGAUAUUGUUGAAACAAUGAUGAGCUGUGUCGGUGUGUUGUUCCUAUCAUAGUCAUUGUCUGACAUCUUCAUCAUAGGCUCACCUCACCCUGCCUUCUCCUCGUCUAUCUCCUCGUCCUGUGUUUCACUCGAACUCUCUGACAGCAAUACAGUGAUCUUAGUUAGCGCGUGCAUACACAUGACAGACACAGAGAAUGAGUUAACAGGUAGUUCAGACAGAAGGAAGUGUCCGUGUAAGGGAAUAAUGUUACAUUCAUGGCUAAUCUGAAGCUGGCAUUUUCUUUCUGACCGGUUCAUUUAUUUGAGACUGUCUAGUAGACUGUCUAGAGUAGAAUCUACUACCAGGUGUCUACUGCACAGUAGCAUAUGAUCCAGAGGAUUACGUUUUUUUUGUGUCUGUUAUUUAGCAUAUAUUCUACUCAGCGCCUUUAGUGUAAAUAAAUGGACGUAAAAUAGCUUUUCGGAUGCUUUUUCUGACAUUUUUGUUGAGUACUUAUUGUCUUUUGUUUUGUCUUGGAUAUCACUGGAAAUACAAAACAUAUUAAAACUCUCAAAGGUUAAAAUAAAUAUAUUAUAAGUGAUUACAAAGCUCCACAAUGCCAUGAAUGCAGCAGUAUUUCAGCAAAGCCAGAACCAAGAACAGCCUGCAGAUACUGUAGUUGGGACCAUCCAGUGGUGUUUGACCUUCUCUUUCUACUAAACAAAUCAGAUUUUUUUUAAGGGAAGUUUUCAAUAAAAUGCUAGUAAACUCUAUUAAUUAAGAAAAUCUAAAUCAGUGGUUGAUGAGAAAUUUGCCCCAACGUGAUAGGGAACAUUAGUUCUUCUCAGUUUCCACACUUGUUAAAUGAUCUAGUGUGGAGUAAAAACAGUUUUUGAAGCCUGUUUCUGCUUUUUGGAGUGUAUUGAAACAACACUGUGAUGUGUCUCUGAUUUACAGACCAAAAGCAUUAUGUUAUGUGUGACAUGAGUAGAAUGGAGAAGGCCCUCUCUGCUCACUGUAACUCCAGACGAUGGAGGAUCAGCGAUGUGUUUGUGGGGUGUUGCCGUAGUUGUCAGAUGUGUGAAGUGUUACUACUGCAUCCAUCCUGUAGAGAGCGCUGCUUAGCCUCUAGAACACUGAUAGUCUGGCUCUGAGACUUUACAAAAGGCUGAUUGAGAAACCUUCCAUCACCAUUAGAGAAGCAUAAUCAUUCUCAUUUAAACUAGUUUUGGUGGCCACACUAUAUUAAUGUAUCUGGAAUACUAUCAAAACCAUAUUAACUGUGUACAGUUCCCCUUAAAACUCAAAAGUCUCGUGCACUUUGAACACAGUCUUGUUCAUUUCUCGAUGCACUGAAGUGAUAUAAAAGUUGCUUUACUGUAUAUUGGUAAAACAUUGUCAGCUGUGUACUGUACAUGUGUGCUUUUGGGAGCAAAGCAGUCUUGUUAGUUAGAUAAAGUUAUGAUAAUCAACGAGCAAGUGAUCAAAUAGUCAACAAUAAGGAUUAGGUAACUAAAAGCACCAUUGAAGCAUAUUUAAUAUUGUACUGUUCCCUCCAAAUCAACCCCAUGAGUUGCCUGAAAGUAUAACAUAUGUGUGGAUCAUAUGUGGAAGUCAUAAUGUGAAUCUUUCUUCUGGAAUAGAAGAACAAAGGGACGAAAGCACUUUGCUAGGUGUAGACAAUGGUUCUUUGCAUUUAACAGAGGAACAAGUUGUAGUCUUAAUGUGUGUUGGAAGCUCAGUAAGAGUGUGUUACCAUGUGACGGGACCUGAUGUUGUGAUCUGUGUCCCUUUAUCUUGGUCAGAUUAGUGGAUUUUAGUGGAACUUUGGUCAUUGCUGUUGUGCUAUUGGCUCUGAUGGUUUAGCACUCAACUGUCCAGUCCGCCCUCAUGUUAUUCCUGUCAACAUUCACUGGUUAUUACCUUCUGAGCAAGCUACAGAAGCAAAAAGUGGGAAGUUAUUUCGGUUUAAAGGGCCAUACUGAACUUUGAGGAGGCUUAUUUGAUAUGUUUGGAGAGAUCCCUCUGGUUAAACUUUUUGUCAUUUAAACAGAAAGGCUAAUACAGUGUGCUUUCAAGCCUUUGUUGGACAGAUAGCGCCAUCUAGUGGGCUCAGAAAACCUGGAAAAUGGUUCAUGAAGCUUCAUUUGGACAUCACUAGUAAUUAUGAAUCCAGUCAAAGUUUCAGAUAUUCAGUAAGAAGACCAAUGGGCCACUUUACCCCUUAAAGUUACGGUUUAAUAUAAUCAUAAAGAUUAAAGAGAUGAUUUGGUUUAAGAAUAUAUUUAUGCAUUUUGUUCUUAGCAGGAACCAGUAUGGUUAUUUAUGGAAUACAGAUAAUGUUGCAACUUUGCAGCUUGGACAAAAGGUAAUAACCAGAUUCACUCUGAUGUUCAUUCACAACUAUUUAAUUCCCCAGUUAUAGCGCUUGAACUGCACCCUUCCACUAGUAUUUCACACUCCCCCUUGUAUAUAGUUUCCACCAUGUUUUUAUCACUCCAGAAGUAACUCAAAUUAAUAAAAAUCGAACAAAAAAAAAAUGAAAAAAUUUUACUUCUUAACAGGGUGUUGUGGAUGUUGACAGAUGAGCUCUCACAUUCAUAAACCUGUUACAGUUAAGGUUAAUAAUGGUAUUAUUAUUAUUAUUAUAAGAUCGAAAGCAUAAGAGAGGAAAAAGUGUACUUUUUCUUUUUUCAGAGUCUGCCUUUUUUUCCGCCAAGAAAAGGGCUGCUGAAGUUACAAGAAUGUUUUUAAAAUGUAUUAAAGAUGCAAGAUUAUGAAUACAUGUUUGAGGUUUGUCUCUUGUUCUGUUUUUGGAAGAUAGAUCACAUAUGGAAACACUAUUUACCAGAUUCCAACUGACGGGCUGGAAGGGAGGAAGUGUGUGUCAGAAAAAACCUGCAAUCACAGAAAACAAAACUACACAAUUCAGACAAUUGGUCAACAUUAAGGCAAUAAGAACAGAAGACGCAAAAGUGGCGUUGCGUCUUGACUUUUUAUUCCGCGUUUAGACGAGCGUUUUCGACGAGGCGGCAUCACUUAAAGCCAUAAGAGCAUCUUUGGGCAUGUGGAAGUUUUCAUGCCACGUAUUUUCAUCAGCUAAUCCUUCCACAAAGUUCUCCACCAUCCACUAGAUCUCCCAGGUCUCGUCCAAAGCCGUCUGGCUCGCCUCCUGUAGUGUAAAUCCGUUGAAAAUGUAUAGGUAAUAUAAGAAAUGAAUGCAUGACAUGACCUGGCAAAAGGUAGGAUUUCACUUUUCAUGGGAAAGGAAAAACUCAUUAGACAAGUCAGCUUAGCAAAUCCGAAGCGGAUGCUCUGGUUGAUAUGAUAACAUUAGAAAAGGAAUCUGACCUCCCAAGUGUGCUUUUAUAUCAAAAGUGGAACAAUAACAGGAAAUUACAGGACAUUGAACUUUAGUUACACAGAAAUAAUGACGCACGAACCUACAAACUAAAAAGAGAAACACAAGUUGUUGUCUCCUCAGUGUUGUUCUGAUCUUUGGAUUUGUCUGUCACCUUUGGCAUCUGUAUAUAACCGGAGUUUUUAGAAAUAAUCGUUUUCUGUGAUAAAAACAGAGUUUUCGUGUAAAUGAGAGGCCAAACCACAUGGAAAUAUCUGCGUUGUCCCUUCGUUUAAACGGGACCUUACACUCUGGAGGCUGGUUUCACAUUUUUGCGUUUUUAAGCCCCAAAUACGCCGUCACCGUCUAAACGAAAGGCACUUUCGAUAAAAUAUUUUGUCGUUUUUACCUGCAAGCAUCCUCAUGUAAACGGGGCCCAAAUCAAAAUGAAUCUAGGUGAUCUGUGUCCUGUUUGGUUUAUGUACUCUGACACACACUGGUCAGCCCUUUCUCCCGUCUGCCGCCACCCCACUCCUCUUAGACUAACCAGACUUAGUCUUUUGGCAUGUGGUAGAAUGUAAUGU